UUUCUAAAAGAAAACCUUACCCAUAUUUAUCACCGCCUUCUCAGAUCGGCUCCUUUUGGGCAGAUCUGAGCAACAUGUUCGUCUAUUGGUCUCCAAGUUUUUCUGUUCUUCAGUAAUACCUUUUGUUUACCUUUAGGUUAUGUCUGUUUUUUUUCUAUUCUUGAUGCAAGUCUCGUUUAUUUUAUUUUCUAAAUCUGAUAUGCGAUUUUUGGUUGAUUUUGUUUGGAUCUUUGGUUGUAAAUGUUUGGAUGGAUUGUGAUCUGUUGGAGAAAAGAGAUCAAGACAUUCCACCUUUCUCAGAUCGAGUCUAUAGGCCUGCUUUGUUACUAUCUCAUGGGGUUAUUGUAAUCUUCUCUAUAAUGGUUAUCUUAUGUUUGGGUUACGAUUUGAUCGAUUACAGCUUGAAGUGUAGUUAUGAAAUUCUCCCGCAGUUACAGGAGUUCCUACGAUUUAUCUGGCGAGUUCAUUGUUUUCCAGACAUGAAAAAUUCAGUUAAAUUUUCUUCUAGUUGUGGUCAUCAGAAUAAAUCAAAAAUAUGUUCUCGGGCUGCGGAUUAUGCAUCACCGAUCCAAACUCCCCCGUACGUAAGCGGGAGUUAUGGUUACAGCUACGGGUCAUUCAAGUUUUUUCUUCCUAUGGUUUCGGUAACUGAGAUUCUGCUACCAAAAAUUCGUUGCAUGGUCCGGUGUGAGAGUGAUUUGCAGUUUGUCCUCGUUGUUUACGCUAUCAUGUAUCCUUCGGAUAAAACCUGUUAAUUUAUUAGAAAAAGAAAAGUUAUCUGAAGAAUGAGAAACAACGAAAAAAUGAAGAUAAAAGCAAAUCCAACAAAAAUAAGACAAUGACAGCCAACACCAAAGAAACUGUCAAAAUGAACAUGGGACAUUGGGAUUCUCAUAUGCAAAGAAAAAAGAAGAAGAAAAGGAAACAGGAAUGUGAGUGUGACUUGGACUAUGAGGUGUCUCACACAAAUAAUUAUAAAAAUCUUAAUGCUUUUGUAUUUUUGUACACUAAGAAGAAAUAGAAAGAAAAGUUAAAAGGUC